GAAAUGUGUCGAUUCGAGUGUUUUUUAUGAAGAUAUUUACAAACAUGGGCAAACAGUAACGUCAUUUAACGCCGGUAUUUUGUGUUUGAAGUUUUUGGUUGUUUAUCAAACAACUCUACGGUGUAAUGUUGCGCUAAAUUGGAGAUAUACCUGGCUGGUUUGGCCGGUUUAAAAAUCGUAACGGUUGGACUGUAAUCUCUGCAUGAUGAAACACGAAUCGUUCUCCAGAUGUAAGAACCAAGAUUCAAAAUUAGAGGGACAAAAUGGUGCAUCAUCCAAAAGCAGAAUUAAACCGACAUGUGAUGCUCUUCAAAACAAACCAUUUAAAGGUAGAAUUUUUUACUUGGAUCUGCCAUGGAAUAGGAGGGUACAAACCUUGGAAAAUGACAUAACAAAUCUUGGUGGGACAGUGGAAAAGUUCUUCAGUAAGGAUAUCAAGUAUCUUGUUUCCAGUAAGCCGGAAGCUCGUUAUGCCCAGCAUCUGCUGCCAGACUCCCCUGCACCCAGCCCGGAUUCAGGUGUUAGUUCUCCCCACCCCAGCAGCAGGAGGGACAGGCACAGGGGCAGCUCUCAGGGACCCACUGACAUGGCAGCUGUUAGUCGAGGCAAAUCACUCGUGGAGAGAAUAGUUAAGGAACAAGAACAUGUUCAGAUGAAUGGGAUCUUGGCCAAUGCUUUGGAAUGGGGGGUUAAAGUCCUGCAUGUUGAAGAUGUUAUUUCAUAUGUUGACAAGAAGAAUGCAAAAAUCAUUGCAGUAAAUACAGCUGAUGCACUGGGCAAAGGAACUGCCAAAAUUCAGCCCACUGGGAAAAGUACAUUUCAGAAAUAUAAUGCUGGAAGAAUUAGUCGACCAUUUGUGAAGUUGGAAGACUCAAGCAGGCAUUACCGUCCUAUCUACCUCCCCAUGUCCAACAUGCCUGUGUGCAACCUCCGUUCUCCCCCGCCCUGCAGUCCGUUCUUGGUUGAGGAACAUGGAAAAGGUGAUCAGAAGAAGAAACCGAAAGAGCACAGGUCUGGAGGGGAACGUGGGACUAGAGGAAAGAAAGACAGAUGCAGAGCACAUGAAGGGAGAGAGAAGAGGAAAGGAGGAUACUGUGAGUGCUGCGAGGUCAAAUUUGAAAACCUAAAGGCGCACCUGGUAGGCGAGCAGCAUAAAGCUUUCUCUAAGAGUAAGGAGUACAGAGUUGUGGAUCAAGUCAUCGCUGGACUCACCUGCGACCUCAUGAACAUCAGCUCACAUGCCAAAAGGGUGAAAUGCAGUGUUUCCACCUCUCUCCUGCAAGCGGGAGCCAUGGCAGUAAAGGAAGAUGUGGGGACUAUGGGUAGCGAUGGCAAGCAAGAUAACAAGGGUUUUUUGCUUUGUGACUCUAAAGCAAAGCUACCUCUAUCGGAACAGACCAGAGAAAUACCACCUCUGGUUCGCAAACGCAGCAGGGGCCAAUGUGAAUUUUUCUGGAACAAUAGGGAGAGCUUGAUAGACCAAUCUGACAUUCCGGAGAAGUCUCAAUCCAAGCGUGGAAACUUUGAUUGGAAAUUACACUCACAAUCUGCUAUACAGGAGGCUGAAGGUAGAUCUUUACUUAGCAGAGAGCAACACUGUGCCUCUAAUACACUUGAAUGCAGGACCAUUCAAGACCAAAAGACCAGGACAAACCAUGACAUACAUCCAACUAAACAAUUCAGUGAGAGAAACAUACAAUCCCUAGCAGAAAGGGAAUGCCUUAGGACUACCUGCAGUGAAAUGUAUACAAAUACAUAUAGCGCUCAGGAAAAUCAAGUUGAAAAUUCAGCUCUUUGGCAUUGGGCUAGUACAGAACCUGACCCGGACAUGGACAGUCCCUUUAGUUCACUGCAACGGAAGGUUCGGAAUGUCAGACCCAGAAGAAGAAAGAAAGACCCAGCUACGCACAUCCAAAUCAGUAAAAAGAGUGAACUGUGGCAGUUAUUCCAGUCCAGUGAUGACAUGGAUGAAGAGUUUAAGGGUUUCUGAGAUUAGAACUGGAUGGAGGAAUACAAAGCAAACACCAAGGAGAAUAUGUGUUACUGAGUUAAAAAAAAAAAAAAUGAAAUGGCAAAUAAUAUAUUUUCUUUAAUCAGUAGGAUGGAAAACUACACAUAAGGGUUUUAAAAGAAAACAUUGAUUAAAUAAGGGAAGAAAUUCCAACUGACUAGAUAUGUGAAAAAAGUG